AGUCUAUGGACAACAGACAGUAGCGCAGCUAGACAGCUGGUGGGAUAAGCCCUCGGCCUCUCAGCCCUUCAAUAUAUUUAUAGCUACCAUUAAUAAAGGGAGAUUCCAGGAGUUUAGGUUCCAGAGACGAAUCCACUAUAGAGCAAAAACUAUUUGCUACAGUGCUGUGUAAUCAACAUUAAUUAAAGGACUAGUCACCACCUAGCAGAGAUGGCCCAGGAGACCAAUCAGAGCCAAGUGCCCAUGCUCUGCACCAUGGGCUGCGGUUUCUACGGCAACCCCCGGACCAGCGGCAUGUGCUCGGUGUGCUACAAGGAGCACCUGACCAGACAGAACAACGGGGGCGUGAGCCCCCUCAGUGCCAUGGGUGGCAGCGUGUCCAACAGCCCCACGGCCGAGGCUGCAGCCUUCCAGAGAAUAGAGGCCACCCUGAACAACGCCGUGGCUGCUGCUGCUGCAGAGGCCGCCAGUGGAGCUGCUGCUGCGGCUGCCGCAUCACUUCCUGUCACCCAGCAGAUGACGGAGAUGAGCAUUUCCUGUGAGGACGAGGCGUCGUCGCCCGCAGCAGAGCUGGCAGGACCUGUAGUGACCCAGCCCACGGCGUUGGCCUCCCCCCCCGGGGGCUCGGGCAGCGAGGAGCCCAGCCCCCUUGAGCCCACCAAACCCAAGAAGAACAGGUGCUUCAUGUGCCGCAAGAAGGUCGGCCUGACAGGGUUUGAUUGUCGCUGUGGUAACCUGUUCUGCGGGCUGCACCGGUACUCUGACAAGCACAGCUGUCCCUACGACUACAAGGCCGAGGCGGCGGCCAAGAUCCGCAAGGAGAACCCAGUGGUGGUGGCAGAAAAGAUCCAGAGAAUAUAAGACUCUGUGUGUGUGUCUCCUCCACGAAGCUCUCACCCUCAGCAGGCUGCAGCUUCACUGGCCUGGAACAAACAUGGACUCGCUCUCAACCUGCGUUUUCUAAAGGACUAGAUUUUUUAAAUGACCGUUGGUGGGUCGGGGAACAAGAGGGGUUGAGUGGGAGGGGGGUGUGUUAUCCUGUUCUACGGUGCAUGAACGAUCACAUAUAGCUUUUUUUUUUUUUAGCUGACAAAAAAAUGGCGAUUUACGAA